AUGGACAUGAUACUAUCAAUCCUCUCAACGAGCAUAGCUAUCACAGCAACAAUACUGGCUCUAGCGGCCUCCCUCACAUUACUCUGUUUCAUCAGCAUAAGACUCGCCUUACCAUUUGGCGUCCUCCUCUUUGAUGGGUUCAUAUCGCUCUACAAUAUCGAAUUACCUUCAACUCCAAGGCAAAGGCAAAAGAUCACGCACGGUCAGAAAAUACUUGCUGGGCUUCUCGCCUUGAUACUGCACUUUGGUUGUGUUCUCUACGAGCAGAUACAAGCUGGCUCGAACUACCGUCCUCUUGGUUUCGAUGAGUUUCUAGGUCUAACGGCUAAGGGAUGUGUUGAAGACGGAGCAAGAGAGCCUGAGUUUGUUGAGCUGAAUUUACUAGUCAUAGCACAAGGCGAAGCAAGAGAAGCUGGCUUGCGCAUGAAGCAAGGGAGAACAACCAUGCCACACACGAUACAUAUACCCAGCGAUAUCCUCCAUCAUCGCACCUCCUCAAGACACUCAACAGAACCUCAACUCUCAUCAAACUCUCCUUCAACUAAACCAACGAUGGGUGUCUUCACGAUGCUCGUCCGAGCCCUACAAGCUAUACUCCCAAAUCAAACUGUGUCCGAAGUCCACUCAAUCCUCGCCCACACCCUCAUCGUCACCCUUCUUGUCAGCAUACAACUUUCUUUGCUCUCAGCCAUGGACGUCCUUGUCUCAUUUUCCCUCUCCUUCUUUGGUAUCCCCUGGAACGACCGCUUCUGUAAUUUGCUUCUCUGGUUUCUCAACCUACCACUUUCUGCAAAACAGCAAAAAACCUCAGAACCUGAAAAACAUCUGCCUACACGGCAAGAAGAAGCAAAGCCAGACUCCGCAGAAGCUUUAGAAGCUAUGGAGGACAAGAAAGCAAGGGAAGCCACACGAGAGCGAUCUUCACCUUCUUUUCCGACAAAUCUGCUUGUUUUCUUUGUUAGCUUGGAGAGAGGGUUAGCGUCCAAGACAGGCGCGUAUGCGAUGGAUGGGUUCAGUCUCUUUAGCCUAUGGCAGUUAUGUCGACUGGCGGCUGUAGCGGUGCCUAGGGGAGCUGUCGAAGGGUUUGCUACAUGGACGUUAUUAAGAGAAGGUCUGUGGUAUUUCAGGACAAGAUUUGGCUCUCACGAUAUCGCAGAGCAAGAGGCUGGGUCUCUGGAGUGCACAACCUGGCAUCGCAUCCCAGAGCCACAAGAGGCACAAGGAAAAGUGUGA